CCAAAGAAUGAAAAAAGACAAGAGAGGCAACGCCGAGACCGCCGCGGUCAAACUCUCAUCAAAAAAGCCUAUGAAAUCAGCCAGCUCAGCAAUGCCGACGUGUUCCUUGGUAUUAGGUUUCGUGAUACCGGGAAAAUGAAGACUUUCUGUGCUGAUAGCACCGGUGUUUGGUCUUUAUAUGUCUUACAGCUGGAUUCGUUUUAUCCUAUUCCUGAGAAGAAGACGCCAAAUGAUUUU